GUCACUGAAGCAGGUAGGAAGAAAAGGAGAGGCGUUUCAUUCAACCUGUGUCAUGGCUUUGUUUUGAAAAACGGAUAAUGUGAACUCGUCCUUGGUUUCAUGUCACCUCACAAAGUUUAACCUCACACUAAAGAUGAGACUACUGAUCCAGAAAUCAUUGCUUUCCUUUGUCAAAUCAACCCGAACGCAGACGAGCAGCACUGUCGGAAAAGUCCAUGCGCAGCGCUGGUUUUCCGAGGCCCCUGAUCCCCAUACAAAGGUGUGCAUUGUAGGAGGAGGUCCGGCUGGAUUCUACACAGCCCAGCACGUCGUAAAGGGUCGUCCGGAUGUGCAGGUGGAUGUGUAUGAGCGUCUGCCCGUCCCGUUCGGUCUCGUGAGAUUUGGAGUCGCCCCCGACCAUCCAGAGGUCAAGAACGUCAUCAACACCUUCACCCAGACGGCCCAGCACGAACGGUGUCGUUUCCUUGGCAACGUGAAUGUCGGCAAGGAUGUGAGUGUGGAGGAACUGAGGCAGGCGUACCACGCUGUCGUACUGAGCUAUGGGGCGGAGGGUAACCGCGCUAUGGGGGUUCCAGGAGAGGAUCUGGCUGGGGUCUAUUCCGCCAAAGACUUCGUAGGAUGGUACAACGGAUUGCCCUCCAACAGAGAGUUGCAGCCAGACCUGAGCCAUGAGACGGCCGUGAUCCUGGGCCAGGGCAACGUGGCAUUGGAUGUUGCAAGGAUACUGCUGGCCCCUCUGGACAUGUUGAAGGUGACUGAUAUCACUCAGGCUGCUCUGGAGUCUUUAGCCGCCAGUAAGGUGAGGAGAGUUCUCAUUGUGGGACGACGCGGACCAAUGCAAGUAGCCUGCACCAUCAAGGAACUGCGUGAGAUGGUGAAUCUGCCUGGAACACGGCCGGACAUGUUAGCAGAGGACUUCACAGGAGUACACGAGGCACUGAAGGACCUACCACGGCCCAGGAAGAGGAUUACAGAGCUGAUGCUGAAGGCUCUGAAGGAACAGCAAGCCAAGGAGGCCGACACAAAGGGGCGGGACUUGGGCAGGAAGUGGGGUUUCCGUUUCCUGCGAGGGCCGCUGGAGGUCUUGCCCUCACCUGACGGAACACACGCGGCCGGAAUACGACUAGGCAUCAACAGACUAGAGGGUUCAGGAGAGGGUGCGCGUGCGGUCUCCACGGGCCAGGUAGAGGAUAUCCCAUGUGGUCUGGUGAUCAGUAGUAUCGGCUACAAGAGCGUCCCCAUCGAGACCUCCGUGCCCUUUGACCUCCGACACCACAUCGUGCCCAACAGCAACGGGCGCGUCAGCGACACCACGGGCCUGUACUGCAGUGGCUGGGUGAAGACGGGUCCCACUGGCGUCAUAGCGACCACCAUGAACAACAGCUUCGAUACAGGCCGCACCGUACUGCACGACCUGGAGGGAGGAGCCAUCAACAUCACUCAGGACAAGCCUGGACUGAAGGCCAUAGCGCCACUCCUGGAGAACAGAGGUGUGCGGCCGGUGUUGUUUAGCGAGUGGGAGAAGAUCAACGUUGAGGAGAUGAAGAGAGGAGAGGCACACGGCAAACCCAGAGAGAAGAUGCUGACUACCCAGGAGAUGCUCAACGUGGCUUGGUCAUGACCACACAUCACUGACCCUUUAUAAACACCUCACAAACACAUUACAAAUACAUCAGAAACACCUCACAAAUACAUUACAAAUACAUCAGAAACACCUCACAAAUGCAUCAGAAACACCUCACACACACAUUACAAAUACAUCAGAAAUACAUUACAAACACCUCACAAACACAUUACAAACACAUCACAAACACAUCAGAAACAAACACUAUACAAAUACAUUAAAAAAACACCCCUAACAAACACACACCUCACAAACACAUUACAAACACCUCACAAAUACAUCAGAAACAAACACCUUACAAUACAUUACAAAAACACCCUUAACAAACACACACCUCACAAACACGUACAGUGCACAGCAAUAAUGAGUACACCCCUGUUGAAAAGUAACAUUUUGACCAAUACAAACAUCGCAAACAUCCUCAGAGCAAACCGUGAGAGAAGAUGCUCACCACUCAUUAGAUGCUCAGCAUUUUACACACGUCUCAAAGUACAUCCUACAGACGCCUCAUAAACGUCUUAUAAACAUCUCAUAAACAUCCUACAAGCACUUGACAUCUCAAAUCUCGUUAAUCAGCGACGUAAACACCUUACAGACGCCUUAGAAACACUUCACUUUCACCCAAAACAACCCAUAGAUCUCAAAACCCUGCCGGUCUCUCUGUCUCUGGUGCUGCUUGAGGACUGUGUGUGUGUGUGUGUGUGUGUGUGCAUGUUUGCGUGUGUGUAUGCACAAUUAAGUGUGUGUGUGUAUGCGUUUGUGCGUGUGUGCGUGCGUGCAUACAAGGCAGAAAGAAGGGGGCCACAUUUUAUGGAGCUGCUCAAAGCACCACUGGUUGUUGUAGAAAGUGGUCUCCCAAUAGUUUUUGCAAUUAUACUUUAUAUGAGGGUUUUAGGGGGCUUUCCCCCAUUCAAUAUCCCCACUCAAAAUGAGUCAUGUUUUUGCAUCACAUUGAUUAAAACUUUUUUUAUUGUUCAGAGAGGUGUCAUAAAUAACGUUGCUCAAAUCACAAGGCCAGAGUAGAUUAGUAUUGGAGAGAGCGUCUCAGUAACUAUGAAUGCUACCCAGGGGGCCCUGUUUAUAAUCUACAUCCUGUGUCACCCAAUGCUUGAGAUGCAACCAGUAACUUUGUCCUUACGCUGCUACCAAUUCAUGUUGGGUUCAUUUCAACGACGUUCGGGACGAACUUGAUUCCGUUUUGAAUAAGCUGUAGCCCAUGAUUGGUUACUUGAAUAUUGAUGCUUUCUGAUUGGCCAGAAUGAAGUGUGUGUGUGUGUGCAUGUGCGUGCGUGCAUGCGUGCGUGCGUGUGUGUGUGUUUCUUGAUCUCGCACACCUUAUGGACAUUUCAAUCUUGCAAUUUCACUUCAUCUAGCAUGGUUAUCUUCACAAUGAAAAGUAUGCAGAUAUUUGUCAUGAAAGAACAUAUUUUCUUUUGAACAUUCAUAACAGUUAACCGAUAACAUAAGAUUUUUUCCUCCUAAUUUGGCACACAUUUUCCUUAAAUGGCCAGAUGGAGUCUUGUGUUAAAGGUGCCUUCAUCCAGCCUGGCCACCUGUAAACUUCCACUCAAUUCCCAUUUCCCUCCACAUGACGGGGAGGGAACCAGACAACAUGUUCAAUCCCCGGAACGACGGGGUUAAAGGUGCACUGUGUAAUAUUUGUAUUAGUUCAUUUCCAGGAUUCAUGCUGCCCAUUCACAAAUGUUACCUUUUCACUUAACACUUACAGUACCACCACCAUCAAAAUCUAGGUAUCCGUUAUAGCUGUGAAAAUUGCACUUUUCAUACAUGAAAAGGUGGAUCUUCUCCGUGGUCCGCCAUUUUGAAUUUCCAGAAAUAGACAUAUUUAGCUGCAACACUAUUGUACGUUGGUCAUACUAGUAAAUAUUGGUUUAUUAUUUUGGAAAUCUUUAUGGGGGAAAAAAAUCAACUUUAGCAAAAGCCAGCACAGUUUCAGUGAGCAGCAUAGGUGCAAUACCUACUCUGGCCACAGUCUUACAUAGUGCACCUUUAACGAUGACUCAUUACAAAUGAGCAGAUUAAACGUCACGAUCAAACAUUAGCGAUUGGUUGAAUCAGGCGCACAUCUCAAACUUCAGCUGCAUUCACCUCUCCCACCAGUAAACAUCUCUCAACUGGGCAGUUUCAGACCCUUUGCACAAAUGUCAUUAGUACAAGGCUAUGGUAAGAUCAGACUAGCCUUCAGCAGCCCUCUGUGCUACAGGGACCAGAUGCACUGUCUGCUACACAGCACAUUAUACAAUGUAAAGUCAGCGCUUACAUAGUCAUCUUCAACCUCCUUCUAGUUGGUUCCACUCUCUAAGUUUUGAAUUAAUGCUGCAAAUUUUAGAGUCGAUUCCAGCGCUGCUGUCACUGGCUCUGCCAUGCCUGGGCUGCUGUUGCACUUGCACGCCUUCCAUGCUGUAUGAGUGAUAUUACAUGUGACACAUUCUAAAUUGUAUGGAUGCUAUCACAUACAGUAUAAUGCAUUAUAUGUUGUAUGGAUGUUAUGGUAUUCUAUGAGAUGGGUAUAAAGUUUGUAUGAUUGUGGUUACAUGUGAGCCGUAUGAUUGAUAUUAUCUUCCAUGUUAUAUGAUUUGCUUUAUUACCUGUUUAUUGUGUGUUUAGUUAGAAAAGAGAGAGAGGGAGAAAAGACUGAUUCAAACUGUAGAAUCCGACUGACACUGACAAGAGAAGUAUGACAGGGGUUUACUGAUUAUAUGUCAAAUGUUUAUUUUUUUGAUUGCCAUGCUGGUAUGCCAUAAUCUUGUACUUUUCAUGCUUGGGAGAGGGAUUGGGAAGUUAUAAAGUUGAUUUUCGUAAAUACAU